CUUUCUUUCUAUCUCUCAGUCAGUAAUAAUGGAGCCCAGCAGUCCAAAGAAGAUCCAGUUUGCUGUUCCUCCGCUACAGGGGCAGCUGGACCCGCAGGCCGCCGAACAUAUCCGCCGCCGAAGACCAACUCCUGCCACUCUGCAGAUCUACAGACAACCUGCUGGCACAGAUGCUGGAGAGCAGCACACUGCCAGUGGAGUGACACAGGGUCCAGACGCCUCCCAGAGGAAGCAGGGUACCUAUGCUCCGCCCACCAUGAAAGGCAAGCUGUCCCAACCAGAAUGCGCUGUGCCCGAGGAGGACGAGGACACCAACCCUCAGGACGACUGACCCGGGAGAGACGUCGCUCCACCGUCUAUCAGAUGUGUUUUAGUUGUAGCAACACGGCCUUACUGAUGAUGGCGCUGUGAUCUCAGAGGAAGCGUUUUACUGCACGACUGCGGGCAGCAGCUAAAUCUUGUAAAUCCGUCUGGGUAAAGAAAUAUAAUAACUAAUGGCCACAUGUGACAUAACAGGGACAAAAACAGACAUAUCAGCAAUUAGUUUGGGAGCCGUUUCGGGGCUCCCAGCCGACAAAUUAACAAAUUAACACUUUUACAAACGUAAUAGGAGUCAGACAAAAUAGGUGUACCAAUUAAAUGCAAGUUGAGAAUAAUGAGUUUUCCGCGGUGCUUAAAUCCAAGGGAGAAUUUGCUGUUUUUCCUCAGGCAGGUUGUUACAGAUUUUGGGGAAGCGUGCCAAAAACUCCACCAAAAGCAAAGUCUCCAGCACAGGCUUUUCACCCCUUUUUCAAACCAUACACUG